AUGACAUGGUACAAUGAGAUGGGCUCAAGGAGGCGAGCGCCGAAUUUCUCUCCCAGCAGGCAUGCUCACAGCUUACCCGACCAACGCUACUAUGAGAUUCUGGAAAACUACACUUCACAGGCCCACCGCCCAACAAGGCCGACAGAUGAACCUGGUUCGACACCGUCUGGCUUGGACUGGAAAAGCCUGAGGUUGGACCCGCCGUUGUUUAUCAACAACAACAACAACAACAACAACAACAACGCCAGUAGGAAACAGCCUCAGUCGAUCCACCGCCAGAGUCCGAUUAUGUACUCCAGGAUCGACUGGAGGUACUGGAGGGCGUGGGGAAGGAGGAGGAUGCCACCGCUAUGUGCACUUCUAGACUGGAUCCGCCAACGUUUUCACAACGAGGCGGGCGAGAGCAGCCUCAACAUGCCCCGCGUCACCGCCGGGGCCGUGGGGGUCAUGGCGGGCCUCGAUUCAAGGAGAGGUCAUGGAGAGGUCGUUGGGGGAACCAUAUCGAACUGGGCUACAAUAUGCGCCCGAUCUUAUGAAUGA